UGGACCUCAGUCUGGCUUGCUGGCGCCGUUGGUCCCGGCCGCCGACGUUUGGGCAUUUUGCUAACUCGAUUACGACAGUUUGUGGGCGGCUUAGACUCCGAUACAGCUCGCACCAUCACCAUACAAAUGGGAGAUGUUCAAUCUCCUCCCAACGUCACCGAGUAUCCUAUUGUGGACUCUCACCAGGGCUUAAACGCAAACGCUGCAAGUGUUUCGCCCAUUCUUCUAGACGAGAAGUCGAGGAUGGAAGCUCAAGGCAUCCCCCAUCUGCAGCAUCAGCAGUACGGCCCUCCGCAACAUGCCUUUUCGUCUCAACUCGACAUGGCUCAGCAGCCCGCAGCCGGUCGCCCCGGGAAUUUCAACAUGAACAACAUGGCGAACGCGCUGCCCCAGUCAAGCAUGAGGCAUGGGCAUUACGUGCCCGGUGGCCAGCCGCAGCAUCAACAGCAGCGAUUCAGCCCGGCCACAUCCUCGCCUUCGAUGAUGCCGCAGAUGCCACAGAUGGCUCCUCAGUAUCCUGGCCAAGGCGCGAUGCCCAUGGGAAACCCGCAAUACUACAUGCCGCAGCACCACCAGAUGCAGCACUACUACACCAACCAGCUCUCUCCGACUCAGCAGCAAGCUCGCCCAAACAUGGGAUACUACCCGAGCCAAAUGGUUAUGAACCACCCGCAGCAUAAUCAGAUCCCUCAAGGGUACUACUAUCCUCCAGCUGGCCACUACUCCCAGAAUCAAGCUCUUCACAAUCCCAUGGUCUCGGCACAGUACAUGGGAACGAACACCGGACACAGCGACCCUAGAGUCAUGCCUCAGAUGCCCAACGGAAUCGACCCUAGCGGUAUGAACGCUCCCUCGAGCCACAGGUCAAGUGGUAUUGCGCGCUCAGUGCCAACGUGUCGGAGAGACAUCACUGACCGAACUAUAGAUGUGGGUGAAGGUCGAUCCGGGGUUGUACGCGGGCCACCGCGAAAACCGCGUCAAAGUGGACAUGCGAUCUGGGUUGGAAAUCUUCCGCCUCAAACCGACCUCAUGAACCUCGUCCACCACGUGUGCAAGGAGGCAAACGGCCUCGAGUCCCUAUUCUUGAUAUCGAAGAGCAACUGUGCAUUCGCCAACUUCAAAGACGAACAAACAUGCGUGACGGCUCAACAAAAAUUACACGAUUCUAAAUUCCAGUCCGUUCGCCUGGUCAGCCGCUUGCGCAAGAGCACUGUCGAGGGCGCAACAGGUGUUACAGCACCUACAGGCCCAGCGGCCUCUUCUGGAUCGCAAACGCCUCACGAUGUCGCUGCACCGCCAAGCGCUACUGAAGCUACUCCCGAAGUGGCAGUGGCAGAGUCCAAUGAUGUCAAGCCCGUCACCGCAGUAGAAGCAACAUCUCAGAAGGAUAAGUUCUUCAUCCUGAAAAGUUUGACUGUGGAGGAUCUCGAGCUUAGUGUCAGGACGGGGAUCUGGGCAACCCAGUCUCACAAUGAGGAUACGCUGAAUGCCGCUUUCAAUGCCGUCGACAAUGUUUACUUGGUGUUUUCUGCGAACAAAUCGGGCGAAUAUUUCGGAUACGCAAGAAUGACAUCCCAAAUUAACGAAGACCCGGACGCCGCUAUCGAGUUUGCCCCCAAGGCACAGUCCGCUAACGAUGUCGACUUGCCGAAGGCAAUUCCUACCGAACCCACAGAGUACGCGCCCAAGGGCAGGAUCAUUGAUGAUUCGGCCCGUGGCACCAUCUUCUGGGAAGCAGAGCGUGAGGAUGGAGAGAGUGGUGACGAGGAAGAGGAAACCGAAAUGGAACAGAGCGAUGCGAGCAGCCGUAAGAGCGGGAACCAAGAAGCCGAUGGUAACACCAAGGCUUGGGGGAAGCCCUUCAAACUCGAAUGGCUGUCGACGGCACGACUGCCAUUUUACCGCACCAGGGGUCUUCGUAAUCCAUGGAACUCGAACCGCGAGGUCAAGAUCGCGAGAGAUGGCACCGAGCUGGAACCGUCCGUCGGAAGAAGGCUGAUUGGGCUCUUCAAUAGAGUUCAGAGUCCUGGUCCAGGUUCAGUGCCGGCUAUGCGACCCGGAAUGGCGAUGAUUGCAGGAUAUUCGCCCAUGAGGCCACAGUACCAACAAUAA